AGUAAGCUAAUAUCUGAAGUUCUCCUUUUAUUAUGGAAGCUUGGAAGCCGGACCCCGAUCCCGACACAAUUGUUGACCAAUUGAUACAAAAAUAUGACGCGACUUCUAUGCCGGUGCCAGAUUUGGAAUCCGACCCUCAUCUUCUUAUUUCAAAGGUCCGAAAACACUACAUGGAAUAUGUGAUUAAAUUAUUGUCUAUAAACUAUGAAAAUAACCAGAAAUUGCUGAACAAAAAUAUAUAUUUGCCCAGUGCUAUAUGGAGGUGUGCCAAAAAUAUUGAAACAUCUGCUGUUCAGGCUUGUAUGGUAGUGCAGCUCUACAGGAAGAAUAUCCAGAAUGUGAUAAAAGAAUUAAAGAAUGACACCAAAAAGGGGAAAUUGAACAAGAAAUUAUAUGACUGCCUACACAGACCACCAGAAAAUGAGAAAAAACUCCAAACAGAUUUUAAAACUUCAGAUACCUGUAACUGCCAAUGCAAGUGUAAUGACAGAAAGAAACGCCGCAGAAUGUCUAAUACACAUAAUGUGACUGACAUAUCAAUUGAUAAUUCAUUUCAUAUCAAUAAUGUUGAUUCACUUUGUAUUGAGAGCAUGCAGCCUUCCAAUCCCCUCCACCAACUUACUAGUUCUGUGCUGCCACCAACAACUACAGCUACUGAUAUAACACAAACUGUUUCCAACCAAGGUUCAUUUAACCAUAUAAGCCCACCAAAGGCUAUGGAAACACCAUAUUCCGAUGAAUUAGCUGAGCAGUUGGAAAAGCUAUUUCAUAGUGAUCCCAAUGAUGAUGAUUUAUUUGAAGGUACUCUCUGUUCUAAUGAUUAUGUUUACAAUGACAGUGCAAGAAAAGUUCCAGCUGAUCACAUGACAUGUCCUCCCAUUUCUCAGACCCAAGUUACCAAUAGUACUGUAAUAGAAGCUCAUGAAGCAAAAAUAAAAUCCUUAGAUGAAAGAGUGGCUUCACUGGCUGGCUUGUUAGCCAACUCUACUGAUAAUCCUGUGCCUCAGCAAACAAUUGAUGACCAAACCAGAACAGAAACCCAAAAAUCCAGGAAACAGAAUCCUGGCAAGUGGUUGUGUGAGGAGUAUUUUCUUAAAGUCCGUUUGUAUGAAUUGUUGGACUUAAUAAGGGAGACUAACAGGAUGGGUCAUAUGCGGAUUAAGGAUUUAUUCCGAGACCUGUUUGGUGAUGACAGUGACGAUGAAGGAGUGGUUUCACCAAUGGACGAGACACCAGAAUUUGUUGUUAGUUGCAAAGAGCGCAUAGCCCCAUGGGUUGUUAAGCUGUUAACCCCAUACUAUACUAAGGGACGCAUAAGGGGCAAGACUCUUUUUAAAGCUCUAGCAAAGCAUUUAAUAAAAUUGAUAUACCAGUGCAGUCGGUACCCUGAUGAAUAUGAAGUAAGCAGCUUUGUAACAGAUUUCCUGCAUAAUCAUAAGAUGAUAAGGUGUGAAGCAGAUUUCAAACAGUUCAGGAUUGAGAAUUUGUGAAAAGAAGAGUAUAAGUUGAGUUUUAAUACAACAAUUGCCAGCUGUGU